AUGUCAGAAAAUACUAAAGCUUGCAUUGGUCAUGCUGCCUACACCACAGUUGGGCAAGCUACUAUGGUUUUAGGUGCUAUCGGGAAUGCACUGGACGACAUAAUUAGAAUUGCAGUUCCGGCUUCAGCAGCGGGUUUACGUGCUGCUUCAAUUGCUGGUAUUAUUAUUGGUGCGGUAAUGACUCCAGCGUUUGCUCUAUGGGCAUUCUAUUCUACUGGAAAACGAAUGAACGAGCAUCUACAUCUUUUAUGCGACGAUUUAAUUAUCAUAGCUGCACAUUUUCUUGCUGCAAUCAUAUGCAAUA